ACACCGCAAAUUGGGCGAGGACUGGUUCGAACAUUGGAAUAUCACUCAAGACGACUUCGUCAAUACUGUUUGAUAAAAACCAACAGUUCCAUUCGUUUGGCCACGAAGCAGAUCAAAAAUAUAAUACUCUCGCUGCGGAGGGACAACACUGGGACUGGUUUUUCUUUAAAAGAUUCAAAAUGGCCCUUUACAAGUCCGAGAAUCUUACUCGCGAGAUGACUUUAAAGUCAGAGACUACUGGUAAAGAGAUGCCAGCAAUUGUGGUUAUCCAAGAAAGCAUAAGAUACCUGAAGAACCACUUAGUAAAUGUGAUAAAAUCCAAAGAUGCUAUGUUCAACGAGUCAAAAAUUCACUGGGUCUUGACGGUCCCAGCAAUAUGGGGUGACAGCGCCAAACAAUUCAUGAGGGAAGCGGCUAUCAAUGCAGAAAUUCACACGGAUAAGUUGUUACUGAGUCUAGAGCCAGAAGCCGCUUCGCUGUUUUGCCGAUACUUACCGUUCGCCAGGGAAACAAACGAGAAGAGUGCAAGUCUUGUUACAGUGGGAGUCGGUGACCAAUACAUGAUUCUUGACGUCGGGGGUGGAACCGUAGACAUUACAGUCCAUGAAGUACAGAGAAAUGAGGAAACUGAAGAUAUAACAUUAAGAGAAAUGUUCAAAGCAAACGGCGGAGAUUGGGGAGGGCUUAAAGUUGACGAAGCUUUCGCAGACCUCCUUCAGGACAUCCUUGGGCCUGAUGUGAUGGAGGCUCUUCAAUUCAGCUACAGAGAUGAUUUUAUGGAAUUCAUGGACAUGUUUGAAAUUAUAAAGCGGAAGGUGGCACCAGAUAUGGAUUCACGGGAAACAAUGAAUGUUCCACUUUCAUUCGUCCAGACCUACAAAGAACUGAAUAAUGUCGAGCUCGAAGAUGAAAGACGCAUUAGGAGAAAGUACAACGGAAAGAUAACCGUCUCAAAAAACAAAAUGAGAUUUGAUCCAGAAAUUUUAAAAGGUCUUUUUACCGAGACAGUCGAUCAAAUUUGUGCUUUAGUAAGCGAGUAUUUUGACCAGAUACGGGAAUACAACAUUGGAACGAUUCUGAUGGUUGGUGGAUUCAGCGAAUCAAAGAUGUUACAAGACAAGGUCCGUUCGACAUUCCCGUCUAAGCGCCUGAUCAUCCCAGAAGAAGCAGGCCUGUGCGUUCUGAAAGGCGCAGUGUUGUACGGCCAUAACCCCUCCAUGAUCACAGCUCGAGUGAGCAAGUUCACUUAUGGAAUAGGAGCCUACAAGCAGUUCGAGCCUGCUCUAGAUCCUCCAGAAAAGCGGGCUAUCCGAGACAAGAUUGUGCUCUGUAAAGAUUCCUUUAGCGUCCAUGCUAGAGCCGGGCAAGAGUUCCAAGUGGAUGAGAUGGUCGGUGAAAACGAGUACGUCGCAGACGGAAAAGAUGCAACUGAACUUCAGAUCGACGUAUACACGACGCCACACCGUCACCCAAGGUUUAUCGACGACGAAGACAGCAAGAAAAUAGGAGAAAUGCGCGUGCCCGUGAGUCGUAACCUCAGUGGUGGUCAAGAGACGAUGAAAGUCCAGUUUGUGUUUGGAGACACGGAAUUGAAAGUGGUAGCCUGGGAUAAAGACAACGGGCAAAAGAUAAAAGAUGCUCGUUUUGAAUUUUUGAAGUAAUCUACAAAGGCACCGAAUCUACAAAAACACCGAACUAAAUGCUGUUGACUGGAACGUGGAAACCGUGCAAAAAAUAAAAGAUGUUCGUUUUGAAUUUUUGAAGUAAUUGUUUAUCUUAAAAAAUCUAAAAAGACACCAAACUGAACGUUGUGGCCUGGAAUGUGGACAACGGACAAAGGAAUUAUGCUUUUUGUAUGUAUCUGUUAUCUGCAAAACAAAUGCUGUGAUUUAAUAGAGCCAUGGAAUUACUAUUUCAUAGUAUACUAAAUACUAAGUAUAUCGUUUAUUUCUAUGUACAUAGUAACACUGUUUUAUCAAGUAGAAUAGUUUGGCUUUGACUAUAGUCAUGAGAUUUUUUUUAAAGUAAUCAGAUUAAUUUAAAAAAAUCCAAUUCAUUGAUCAUUUUGGUUUUUCAUUUUGGUUUUAUCUAAAAUAGAGUUUAAUAUACGAUCAAAGGUAUUCAUAAAUCAAAAUAAACAUUUCAUAAUUUGAAUCACAUCUUUGCUUUAAAUUUGUAUUCCAAAAUAUCUAAAAACAUCAUAUUAAAUGUCUUUCUUCAUUUAUCAAAGAAUUGAAGUAAACUAUUACAUUGUGAACACCCAGAUAAUCUUAGAAGAUUUUGACUGAAGUUUAUAUUAAUUUUAACCUUCAAGAUGAGUUGUGAUAUAUGCUCAAAACCAUUGAAUUACUUUUUUAGCAU